GAGAGGGGGUGCGCUUGUUGCUGUUACGCUUGUGGGCAAUGGGGAGCUCCCUCAGCUGUCGUCGAUAGUAAGCAACUCUCGUUCGUAUAGCGUACCGUUCUUUGGUAGGUUUGGAACAUCGGAAAAUGCCCUUCCAGAACAGGGCUAGUGGGAAGGUCGUCGUCAUCAAAAAAAAAAAAUCAAAUAUCUCCCCUUUUCAGUUCACAACUGCUGCGCCGCUUCAUCGCUUGAAAAAUCAACCGGCCACUCCUCCAGGAGGCCAUGUGUACUCCGUAUGGCAUGCUCACCACCUUAGCUGCCUUUUAGCGUCGGGUCAGUGGAGCAUUUGGGCUGGACGCAAGCAACGGUGUCAGGCUUCCUCGGCCUACGAUUGGCACAAGCCUUUGUGAUCGAUGCAGGGUGCUAAAGACCGCCCAUCUUCCGCCUCCAUAGUUCCGUAUUCACCCCGGUCGCUUGCCGUUCACCGGCCACCUCUAAUUAUUCAUCCUU